UGAUGAAGUCAUGUGACUUACGUGAACUGCCCCCCCCUCUCGCUGCUUCUGCUUCUAAAACGGCAGCGAAAUUGAAAAGUGAAAAGAAAGCUGAAGUGAAAGUGCAGCUCUUCAGUGUUUUAACUUCACCGGACUCCAUGCCCAGUCCUCAGAUAACACUCUUUACAUUCUGACGGAGACGGAGACGGCGUGUUCAGGGUCUCCUCCAUGUUCUCCUCAUCUUAUUUCAUCUACAUCUGUGAUGUCAGACUGUGAUUCCUCCGGCCGAUGUCCUCAGAGGAAUAGAGAGAAUAACCUCCUCUGUGAAGAAUGGGAGUGUUCAGAGGAUGAAGGCAGGAGGAUGAAGAGGAGAGAGAAGAACAGAGUUGCAGCUCAGAAGAGUCGGAAGAGACAAACUCAGAGAGCCGACGUCCUGCAUGAGGCCUGUGAGCUGUUGGAGCAGAGGAACAGGAAGCUGAGGAGAGAGGUGGAUUCUCUGUCUGAGGAGCAGCGUCUGCUGUCGGAGACGCUCAGGGCCCACGAGCCCUUCUGUCCCAUCAUGCACUGCAGCUUCGCCUCCUCCACCUCGUCCAGCCUGCAGCCUGUCACCAUGGCGACCCGCUCCGCCUGAGGCCAGGAGGAGGAGGAGGAUGAAUCUCUCUGACCAGCAGCAGCUGUGUGAUGCACCAGUGAACCAGUAGAGGACGCUGUUCACCGUGGACAGAGACAGAGACAGAGACAGACAGAGAUGUGACUCUGUAACUAUGAUCACAGUUAGAGCGUCCUCUGCUGGUUAAACCUCACUGAUGUAAAGACUGUAUUCUCUGUCCAGUUCCUUCUCAUUCUGCUGCUUCAGAUAGUUUAACUUUUAUUAUAUGACUCUUACAGUGAGAGAAAUAUUCAAAAACAGCUUUUUAAAGAAUGAAAAUAUUCCAGAUGUGUCCAUGAAAUAAAGUCUGAUGUACAGAAUGUGGCAGCUAUAUGAAAAGUGUGGAGUAAAAUAAAAGUUUGUGGAUUUGGAACACAUGCAUGACCUCAGAGUUGGUGGCUUAUCAGAAUACAUAUAUAUAUAUAUAUAUAUAUAUAUAUAUUUGAUUUAAUCUUUAUUUAAUCAGGCAGUCUCAUUGAGAUCUCUUUUCUAAGAGAGAUCUGAGAACAUUCACAAGAACACAAUCAGCAAAACAGAAAGUAAAAACAUCAGAUAAUAAAGCUUUAAAAUCUCCAAUAAAUUAAUACAUUUAUCAUCAUGUGAUAAAUAAUCAAAGUAAAAUAAUUAAAUGUGAUGCAGUUGUAAUAGUGUUUGGAGUUGUUUUAAUACAUUUAAAAUGUGUAUAAAACGCGUUACUGAAGAAAUAUUAGAACAUACUUUAUAAUUUUCUGAUGAGAGACGAAAUUAUUAUUUGAUGAAUAAACUGAAAACUGUAAAAACCCUCAAGUUGUGUCAGACGUUUCCUGUGAGUUUGAACACGUUCACGAAUGUUUCAUGUUGCCCAAAUACAGACUUUCUGGGAUGUGACAUCAUUUCACCGAACCUCUAGAGGUCAUUUCAAUGUCACAGUGGAUCCGUGACCUGC